CACCCAGUCUGUGAAUUCCCACGUCAAACAACUUGGUCAUGCGUGGACUGUUGACGUUGGGCUUUCAGGAGAAGAUGGUCACACGGAGGUAGUAAUUGCUCUUGAGGCGAGAGUCCACCACCUUUCCAGUAUCCGAUGUGAUCGUAGAGUGAUCGAGGAUCAGCAGUUUUCUUGGGGGUGGCUCUAUGGCUCAAGGUGUUAGAGGCCCCUGUCUCUAACCGCGCAGCUACUCCUACACUCCUACAAUACAUCACACAUCACACUGCUGAAAUGAUCUGUACUUCGGGAUGCCUGACCGUGGUCAUUCUUGUGGGCUUGACGUCGGGAAUUGCAAAAGCUAUGCAGCUUGGCGGCCCUGGCGCGUCGGCGUCGCCCCCAGCCUCGAGAAAGGGCAACAGUUCAUGGUUGCUCGGGAUCCGCACGCAUGGUGCCGUUGUGUGCAGCGUGGCGGAUGACUGCAUUGUCGGCUCUGGCUUGGGUCAUUGCAGUGUGCAGGUGGAUCCAGCUAUGAAGAUGCAGUUGGGCAGCACCGACGCGGGAGCAGUCCAUAACAGCUCGGUGCAGUACAACAACGAAUCGGAAAUCACCAUCACGGGGCAUGCACCUUCCUCGCGCUGGAGCCUCUGCCGGGCGACCAAAGAUGCCGAGGAUGAGGACCCCCCUAUCGCGCACCCAAGCAUGGAUGAGGUCUGUUACGAGGUCGACGGCCUCCCCGGCCUCUGUUUCCUAUGGGCCUCCCCGUGCUCUGGCGGAUGUUCUUCACUCCGUCCAUUCAUCGAGUACUACUCGAUCUGCCCGGGGAUGCGCUACGCCUCUGCACAGGAGUGGUCGAUUGCUCUGCCUGACUUGAACGCCCACAGGAAAGACUUCUACACCAAAUGCGCAGUUGGACUUCUCGAUCCAUGGUGGCACCACUGCGACUACGCGAACGCCUUCGUGCGUCAGCCGGAUGACGGCUGGAACGAGCUGGUCCUGGUAUGCGACACUUCGAUCCCCGCGAUUCCGGGGUUCACCUCGUGGGGCACCGGAGGGCCGACUGGGACCAUGUCGGCGACCGGGGGUCCCGCGCCGACGCCGAUGCCGCUUCCCCCGCCUCCUGGUCCGGGGCUUGUCCCGUGUGGUCUGACGGGCGGCUACAGCUCAUGGCCAGAGGACGCAACAUGCGCGAGUUGGAUCCAAGGGGCGGCCCAAGGGGGAGGCGCUAAUGUUUAUGUUGGUACUGUCGACACGUGCCAUCAUUGCAUACUGGCGGUCUUGACAGCUUACCCGUCCGCCAAGGGGGCCACGUUUCGAACUCCUGGUUUGACCUCGCAGGCUGGGGAGUGCUACGCCGAGGACGGGUGGUUGUACCCGGACGGCAAUCCAAGCUGGAUUACCAUCCCCGUCAUUGCAUCCUUGCAGUACUACACCGAUCUUGCGUCGGACCCCUGCAACCCAGCCUUCAACCUGACCAUGAAGCCGACUCCCGCUCCGACUCCCGCGCCGACUCCCAGCCCUCCGACUCCCAGUCCGACGGUUCCCGCGGCUCCGCCGACUGGGGGAGGGGGGAGUUCGAUCUCGGCGGUUGGGGAUCCGCACUUGCAGAACAUCUAUGGUGAGCGGUUCGACCUGAUGAGGCCUGGUAAGCACGUUCUGAUCAAUAUUCCUCGUGGGGCGCUCGCCGAGAACGCGCUGCUUCAGGUAGAGGCCGAUGCACAGAACAUGGGUGCACGAUGCGCAGACAUGUAUUUCCAAGAACUGAACAUCACGGGGGCGUGGGUGCAGGGGACGAAGCAGGACGGGGGUCUCCGCUUCCGAGCGCAGGACGUGGUCGACGGAUCAAUGAAGUGGGAGCAGUUCGGGAAGGUGGAGCUGAAGGUUGUCCAUGGACGCACAAAGCAAGGCACCCAGUAUCUGAAUCUAUACGCCAAGCGCCUUGAUCGUACUGGGCUUGCCGUCGGUGGGUUGCUGGGCGAAGAUGACCACUCGGAGGCAGCACUGCCCCCGAGGGGAUGCGCGCAGACCCUAUCCCUCAUCCAGGGCAAGCUUCCCUUCACUCGGCAGAGGCAGGCCUCCUCGGUCGAGGCCGUCUCCGCGUAGGCACGGGCGCGAGGCUAGGUGCCGUAGAGGCAAGCGUCUCCUCCCCUCCCUCCCCUCCUGCCCCUCUUCCACCAUCCUCCCCGAAAGUCGAGCCACCAGACUUGUCGGGAGGGCGGUCUCGGCGUCUCGCCUCACGCGUCUUCGGGCGUUCUGAUGCCGAAGCGCACGAUCGCCCGCGGCUGCGCGGAUGGGGGGGCGAACCUGUUCCACGCUCUGGCUCUGGCUUUGGCGCCGCGCACGGUCGCCUA